CCUGAUGUCUGGCCUGGCCACCAUGGACUCCAAGGCCUGUGGGAAAAUGGGGUUGAUCACUCUCACCUAUUAUCUUUGGACGACAUUCAUGGCUGUGACUGUUGGGAUUGUGCUUGUGAUCAACAUUCAUCCAGGUGCUGCUGCCCAAAAGGAGGAGUAUACCACAGGCAAAGUGGUGCUGAGCUCUGCAGAUGCCUUACUGGAUUUAAUCAGAAAUAUGUUUCCUUCUAACCUGAUUGAGGCUUCAUUCCAGCAGUAUCGAACAGUUCUCGUCCCAGUGGUGAAAUCUUCAGGCUUUCCAAAGAUCCCAGGGAAACCUCUCAGCUUCAUUUACUUUGCACCUGACGAUGAAAAUUCCGAAAUCCAAAGACCUGUGCUUCUUGAGAUCACCCCGUCUCCAGAAAUGACCUACCGGACCCUGCCUGGGACCAGCAAUGAAAUGAAUGUCUUGGGGAUUGUUAUCUUCUCUGCUACAAUAGGUCUCCUUCUAGGGAAAAUGGGUGAGCGCGGAACUCCUUUAGUCAACGUGUGCCAGUGUCUGAAUGAAGCAGUUAUGAAGAUUGUUUCAAUGGCAGUUUGGUACUUCCCAUUUGGCAUUGUGUUUCUCAUUGCUGGGAAGAUUUUGGAAAUGGAGGAUCCAGCUGUGAUUGGAAAGAAAUUGGGACUCUACGCCAUAACGGUGGUGACAGGGCUAGUCAUCCAUGGACUUAUCCUCUUGCCUUUGCUUUUCACACUCAUUACCAGGAAGAACCCCUUUGCUUUCAUCCGGGGAAUACUGCAAGCCCUGCUGAUUGCCCUUGCGACAUCAUCCAGCUCAGCAACCCUGCCCAUCACCCUGAAAUGUCUUCUGGAAAACAAUGGGAUAGACAGACGGGUGGCACGGUUCGUUCUCCCUGUUGGCGCAACCAUUAAUAUGGAUGGGACUGCACUGUACGAGGCAGUCGCUGCAAUCUUUAUUGCUCAGGUCAACGAGUACGAUUUGGACUUGGGACAAAUUAUAACUAUCAGCAUAACAGCGACAGCAGCAAGCAUAGGUGCAGCGGGAAUCCCCCAGUCAGGACUCGUUACAAUGGUCAUUGUACUAACCUCUGUUGGCCUUCCCACUGAUGACAUCACACUGAUCAUUGCAGUUGACUGGGCUUUAGAUCGACUUAGAACAAUGACCAAUGUCCUGGGUGAUGCACUUGCUGCGGGCAUCAUAGCACACGUCUGCCAGAAAGAUUUUGCCCCAAAGCCAGAGAAACAAGAUCCAGUGAGCAACACAGAGAAGCUUUCUUCUGCAGAGAACUCCCUUCUCCAGCCCAAAGACCAUGUGAUGGAAAUGAUUGUAGAAACCUUGUCCGAACGAACAGGAGUUAGUUACAAUAUCUGCCAGGUGUAAUGGCCGCAGCGUUUUCAUCCCCAAGAAGGGAAUUUUGGUGCUAAAA